CAGUUUUCGACGGCCAUUACGGGUACAGCCAUCACUGGUACGGCCGACGAACAUGGUCCCUCCGACGACACCAAAUGCAAACGGCAGUGCGAACGGGACGUUGGGUGACACCCCGUCGUCAGCAGUACAAGCGGUGCUGGUACAGUCGGAACCCAUGCCUGCCCAGUCCGUUAAAGUGCAAGGUUACGACUUUAACAACGGAGUAGACUAUUCGGCUCUUUUGGCUUCUUACAGUCGGACGGGAUACCAGGCUACGAGUCUUGGCCAAGCGAUUGACGAGAUUAAUAGAAUGAUCAGCUGGAGACUCUCUGAUGAUCCCAUAGCGGAAGACGAACAAGAACAAUACUUGGACCCCGAGGUCCGUUCAACCACGAAAUGCAAAAUAUUUCUCGGAUACACGUCCAACCUCGUUUCGUCGGGUCUUCGCGAAGUCAUUCGAUAUUUGGUUGAGCAUUCGAUGGUCGAUUGCAUUGUAGCUUCAGCAGGCGGUGUGGAAGAAGACAUUAUCAAAUGCCUUGGUCCCACUUACGUCGGUUCGUUUUCUCUCCCAGGCGCCGAGUUGCGCAAAAAGGGUUUGAACCGCAUCGGGAACCUACUAGUCCCAAACGACAACUAUUGCAAAUUUGAGGACUGGGUGAUGCCUGUUUUGGAUCAGAUGCUAAAAGAGCAAAAGGAGGAGGGGACGAUUUGGACGCCGUCCGCAAUCAUUCGUCGGUUGGGGAAGGCGAUUGACAACCCCGAGAGUAUAUAUUAUUGGGCAUACAAGAAUAACAUUCCCGUAUACUGUCCCGCAUUAACGGAUGGCUCGUUAGGAGAUAUGAUCUACUUCCAUUCAUACAAGAACCCAGGUCUCAUCAUUGACAUUGCUGCCGACAUUCGGGCAGUCAAUAACGAAGCGGUCUUUGCCAAGAAGACCGGUGUGAUUAUCUUGGGGGGAGGUGUCAUUAAACAUCACAUUUGCAACGCAAACCUAAUGAGAAACGGUGCAGACUAUGCAGUAUAUAUCAACACGGGUCAGGAAUUUGAUGGCAGUGACGCUGGGGCGCGACCAGAUGAAGCAGUUUCAUGGGGCAAGAUCCGGAUGACUGCCCAGCCCGUCAAAGUCUAUGCAGAUGCCUCAAUCGUGUUUCCCUUGCUUGUCGCGGAGACGUUUGCAAAGACACGACAAACGGACAAAAGAGGCUGACACCUAGAUUGUAAAUGUGACAAGUGUAUAUAGCAUCAUCAUACUUAAUUUAUUUGUAGGCGAUGGCAGAUAGGGGUUUGCAAUAGAAGCGGGCAGCGUUUAGAUCCAGACUAGCGAUGCAUUCUUGUUUUUUCUUGUCGCCUGCUUGCCAACACAGUUCAAUGCCAC